GUAUGACGAUGCAUUGUUAGAAUGAGAUAACGGCUCUGCAUAUGGCCUGCCACUACGAUCAUCCCGGCGUGGCUGGCCUUCUAAUGGAGAAGGGAGCCUCACCCUGUGUCACAUCCCAAAACGGUCAUACACCCUUACACAUUGCAGCUCGUAAGAAUCAGAUGGAGAUUGCCUCGGCCCUGCUUGAACGAGGAGCAGACCCGAAUGCGGAAUCCAAGGCUGGAUUCACACCGCUGCAUAUGAGUGCUCAAAAGGGAAAUCACGACAUCACCAACUUACUUAUCGAACACGGGGCCGAUCCGAAUCACGAAGCUAAGAACGGACUGACUGCUCUGCACUUGUGCGCCCGGGAAGAUUUUGUUAGAGUAGCGUCGACACUUACGAAGAAUGGUGCGAGCGUCGAAAGUCGAACGGAGACAGGGUACAGGCCUAUGCACGUGGCUGCGCAUUUUGGGAACUCAUCGAUGGUGCGAUUUCUUUUGAAGCAAAACGCAGAGGUUGACGUUAAAACUAAUCAGGAUUACACGCCGCUGCAUCAAGCUGCCCAGCAGGGACACGCUCACGUGGCCUCGGCUCUUCUCGACGGAAAGGCAUCGCAUAAUGCUCGCACAAAAGAUGGCUUAACGGCGCUCAACAUUGCUCAAAAGCUGGGCUACAUAUCUGUCAUGGAGGUGCUGAAGGGAUUGGCGUACGACAAUUUGGCUCCUUGUAAUAAAAAUUGGGAAGAUAAGUACAAGGUUGUGGCGCCGGAAAGCUUGCAGGAAGCUAGUUUCAUGUCCGACUCGGAUGACGAAGGAGGUUCCGACACCCUAAUCAGUGAGCAGCCAUACCGAUAUUUAACAGCAGAUCUAAUGAAAAGCCUCCGGGAUGACUCGUUGCCUAUCGACGUUACGAGAGACGAUCCGAUUCACAGGCAAGUUUCGAAAGAAGACAGGCAAGACUUUGUACAGAGUAAUAACUAUUGCUCGGCUGAAAAUUUUGAGAUGCAAGAUAGCACGAAUCUGGGGAGGAUGAAUCCAAGAUCAUUCUUGGUGAGUUUCCUGGUCGAUGCUCGGGGUGGGACAAUGAGAGGGUGCAGGCACAGCGGUGUUUGCAUCGUUGUACCGCCGAGGAGGGCAACGAUGCCCAUAAGAGUGACGUGCAGAUUGGUCAAAGUUACCAAAACAACGAGCCCUCCACCCCUUAUGGAAGGCGAGGCGCUCGCUACGCGCAUUGUUGAGAUGGGACCGGUCGGCGCCACAUUUCUGGGGCCUGUAUUGAUCGACGUCCCCCAUUUUGCGUCAGUUCGAGGUAACGACCGAGAGAUAAUAAUUCUACGGAGCGAAAACGGAGAAACUUGGAGGGAGCAUGAAAACGCUUUGGAUAACGACGACACCCUAGCUGGUACACCCCACGAUUCCCAGAUGAGCGGUUCGUAUUCGGGACGAAUAACUCGUAUUCUAACAACAGACUUCCCGCAGUACUUUGCCAUAAUUACACGGAUAAAGCAGGAAGUACAUGGAAUCGGUUCUGAGGGUGGAAUACUUAUAUCGAGUGUUGUGAACCACGUACAAGCAGUCUUCCCGCCUGGUGCGUUGACAAAGAAAAUCAAAGUUGGUUUGCAGGCACACAUUAUACCGUACGAGCUGACCGCUAAACUUUUGGGAAACUGCGUUGCGGUUUCUCCCGUAAUAACGAUCGAGCCGAGAAGACGAAAGUUUCACAAACCGAUAACUCUCACUAUUCCCACCCCUCAGGCAGCCAAUAAGGGAAUGAUUAAUCAAUAUGGUGGAGGAACCCCUACAUUGCGCCUGCUUUGCAGCAUCGCAGGUGGGACUAGCGAUGCUCAGUGGGAGGAUGUGACAGGAUCGACACCGUUGACCUUCAUGAAUGAUCGAGUGUCGUUCACAACUACGGUCUCCGCGAGGUUUUGGCUCAUGGAUUGCAGAAACAUCGGAGAGGUGCCGAAAAUGGCGACAGAACUCUACAGAGAGUCGUUGUUCGUUCCCUUCGUCACGAACUUCGUCAUUUAUUCGAAACGAAUGGAUCUCCUUGAGGCUACGUUGAGAAUAUUGUGUAUGACCGAUGGCAAGGAAGGAUUGCAUACCUUGGAGAGGCAGGAGGAAUUUCUUGAGAUUGUAAAAAGCCGAGACGUAGAGGCGCUCGACGGUAAAGAUUUUUACAUAGAGUUCAGCGGUAACCUAACACCGGUGACAAAAUCUGGCGUGCAACUACGGUUCACGUUCAGGGCAUUCCGUCAAAACAGACUAUCCUUUCACGCGAAGGUCAAGGAUCCGUUGCUAGAUCCGGUUGCAAGAAUGUUGUUCAUGCGUGAGCCAAAGGUCGCCAAAGGUGAGCCCUCGCAGCAGCCUAUUUGUAUACUAAAUAUCGUACUACCGGAACUACUUGGAAAGAAGAAGGUUGAACUGAGAUUUGAUAAGGAGAGUGAUAUCGAGGACUCAAACAUCAUUAGCCACAGAAUGGACUCUUACGCGUCUGAAUACGAAGUAGAAAGCAAAGAAAAAUCCGACUAUCCGAAAGCCGUAGUGGCAUCGCCUCUGUACGAAGGGAAACUGGUCAGCAGAAAUCAUGAGGAUGAUCGAGGAGAUGCCGUCUUUAUCAGAGAAUCCUUUGCUCAAAGUGCGGCUUGCCCCCUAGAAAUCGUAGAUGCUAGUUAUCUUGAUAAAGUAGACGCCGGUAAACGAAGCGAUGAUGGCCCGCCUGAUGUUGAGAAACAAACGUACUCCGAGAAGCUGAAAUUCUGGGAAGAGAUUGGCAAACAGAGAAGCAUCAGCAGCAUUGACCAAUCCGAAAUGGAAGUUCCACAAAAUAACGUGGAAUUAGCAACAGAAGACAUUUGUAGUCAGCUUACUAAGAGUAGCUCUUUGAUGAUACGCGGGAGGGAAGAAUUGAUUGAGGUGAUGGCGGAGGGUGAUGGGACAGUGGACGAAGAACGGAAGAAUUGCAUUGAUAUACCCGAUAUUUCCGAGUGUUCCGUAGCUGAAAAGGCUCAUUACUUCGAAGAACAGAUUCAGAGGGAAUUAAUGACACCCGCAAAGACUACACUGAGUCCAAAGGUACCGGUUGAUUUUGACUUGAUGAAAAAAGUAAGGGUGGCAAAAAGGGAGAAACAACAGUUAGACGUCACGAUUCCUCACAAAGGGGUCAUCAGUGUACGUCAGGGAGACGAAGAAUACGCCAGCGUAGUGCCAAGUGAAACUGAUAACGUUAUAAUAAACGUUACCGAUAACAUGUGUAACGUGACAGAGGAAUGUAGCGAAUCAGCGGCGGAGAAUCUGCAUAACAUUCCAAGCGUGAAACCCGUGAAGUCAAAAAUACCAUUUACCCCAUCGAACGAUGAACAGAUGCAGCUCGGAGAGCCAAUGAAAACGUUGGGUGAAAGCGUCAACUCAGAAUUAGAUUACGGAGCUGAUGACGAACAAGUAGAACAAGUUCUUGCAAAUGAUGAUGUUGUGAAAAAAUUAUUGUUCAAUAGGAGAAGUAACAACUUAGUAACAUUCGAUGACAUAUUAAACAUAUCACCAUGUAUAGCCAAUGCAUCGCCAAUCUCGGUGAUUAGGACCUGUCACGAUUUUCUCGUAGGCGAAAGACAACACGCAUCACGUCAAACGUGGAAAGACAUCGGUGAAGCUGUCGGCAAUGCUGAUUCAGUCGCGGACCACAUACAGUUGAAAUUGGUAGAACGCAGUGAGGCGGAUGCAAAUUAUUUGAAUCUGGGGAGCCGCUAUGUCGAUGACAGAUCACUGGGUUAUGAAACCGUUUCAAAGCAGCACGACAACAGAGAAGGAUCUUGCCCAGAGAUUGAAAAUGUUGACCAUGGAACGGCAGAGUUUCCAUUAGAAACUGAUUCAGACGUAAGUACGCAACCAUCGGAGGAGCAUGACACGAAAUCUAUUCAAAUCAAGGAUGAAUGCCUGCCUGCCUUACCAGAAAACAUUGCAUCGAGUGAGGGAAUUUCUGUAUCUAUUCGGGACAUCAUUGCCAGCAAUCCAUCGAACAAGCUGAGUGACGAUUCUCAAUCGGAAGAAGCUAAUAGAUUGGUACUGACAGAAACGACGAGACAGUCCGAAGGUCUGGCACGGCAAUGUGAAAUGAAGGCUUGUUACGAAUUUUCAGAUAGUGAAAUCACGAGUGAGGAUGUGCCAGCGAUGUCCGCGGAUCAAACGAAUUCCUUUAAAAUUGACAUGACGAAGAGAGAAUAUGAUUCACGAAUCCCUAAACACGUUGGUUUGACGAAGAUGGAAGACGAGACACAACCGGUGAAACGCAAAGACACUGCGGGAAGCAGAAUUCCCGUUGCCAGCGAUCAACAUAUCUCAUUAGUGCUACAAUCGGAGCUUAAGGCACGGCCGAGGACUUCUCACCGGAAAAUUAUCGCGGGUAACUCCGAUGGAAAAGAAUCGGAAUCGCGUAUACCAAGACGCACCGCUGAAGGAUCCACGGCAGAAACAGAUGAAAGAUUUGUACAUCGAUACAAGAGCGAGGUUCAACCUCACGCCGAGGCCACAGAAACUCCUAAAGAAAGUUUCCCAGCAGCUACGCUGUACCUGAAUGUGACCGAUUCAUCCAAGAUAGAAAUGACGAAUGAUACUCAGGCGAGCCAGGUGUCUCACAGAGUCCGCGACUCGCUCAGGACCGAGAAAACGAUGCGUCUCUCUGUCUACGAGUCUACAGACGAAAUUUCCCUGUCAGACGUUACGAUUGAGUCGGUGAACUCUAAGGAUGAAACAUUCGCAGCCGAUCCGAUGAACGCAUCUCACUUAACUGAAAAGACAUCUGGUAGUGCCGAGGGAGAAUUUGCGUCGAUGACGUCAACGGCCGAUUAUAGGACGUCAGCGAAAUCGGAAGAGAAAGAAACCAUCUCUUCGGAAAUGUAUGCCAUCACGGCAGAAGCACUUAUAACUGUCACACAGAAAGAAUUAUUACAAGAAAAGGCAACCGAAAGAAUGGAUUCAACAUUGGCAAAAGAGACCCUGACGAAAAGGGUGGCAGAAAUCGAUCACAAUAAGAAAGAAUUGGAGGUGACAUUGAAUCGGGAUACGACUGUGAAACUGCUCGACGAUGGAAAGUCUUUUAUAGCUGCAGGGUCGGCCGAUACGAAAAUCUUUGACAGUGUCCAACAAGAGGCAGUCAAAUUACUCGAGGAUGAACAUGGUUUUCUCACAGACGAAACAAACGUCUGUAGUUUCGGGGAAACUGCAGCUUACGCGAGUGUUGGAAUAUGCACAGACUUUGUGACAGCGAAGGGGGGGUGUUUGUCUGAACGUACUGCCGCAUCUUUCGAUGCAGACAAUUCGUCCGCGAAAGGAGCAGCGGUGUCAAGUCGUACUGCAGUAACCGGUAGCGUAACCAGCAGGGAAUCAGAAAAUAUUAGAUACCAUGUUGAUGAUGAAGAAAUAGUACGAGCCAAAUCUCGUGAUCGCGCAAUAAUCAACGAACCGAUAGCGGAGGUGAAAAUCUUCCCGAACGAUGACGGUAUCUUAACGAAGCAGUCUGAAGUUCGAAGGAUCGCCGAAACGAUAAUUCAGUCUAUAGAAACAGAAAUAGAAAAUACAUCAAUUCUUGCAGUAAAUACAGCGAAUCAAAGCGUUGAAAAAGUGGAGGAUUAUUCAUCUCAAGAGCGAAUGACCAACGCUAAAUUACAUCAUUACAAGCUUGGCCGAGAAUCGAAACAGGAAAGCAUUAGUACAACCGAGGACCUGACGAGAGACGAGGAGUCUUCGCCGGGAUCUCGUAACAGAGAAGGAAGCUUUCCCUCUGAAAUCUCCGGCAGGAGGUUGUUUCAUGAUCAAGACAUGACGAUAAGUCCUAGCACCACGUCAGAUCACACCGAGGCGGAAGACUCUAUAGAGAUCGAUUCGAAUGAGAUGGGAAAUAGACGGAAACUAGGUUCACCUGCAUAUCCUUUAGAAGAAAUGCAGCAGCAAGCAACCACAAAUAUUUUCGAUCCGGAUGGUCGAGCCAUAGCCUUUUCGCGGAAAGAAUCGUUCGACGAGCUGGCCGCGUGGGACGCGACAACUUUGAGGAAGUCUGGCGCUCGGGUAUUGGAAAUAAUCGAACCUAGAGAUGUAAACGUUACGGAAGAAUCGAUUUUGUGGAAUACGAACGAAGACGCCCGUGAGCGUUGCGUGGUUAGCCAGAGUUAUACAACAGUGCAGGAUCAUUCAGGGGCAAGUACUUUGCGUGUCAUGCUUUGCAGCGAAAGAGCUGAAGCUAUUGGUUCAGUUACACUUUUCAAGCAGUCAAACUCGGCCGAUGAUCCGAUCGUUGACGACCAUGUGAGGAACAAUUACGACAUGGCGUUUGAUGCCAAGAUCAAUGACGCUGAAGCUGGUAGUCCGACCUCGGUAUUGCCAAAAAUGCGGAUACAAAAUCUAGAUAUAAAACCUGUAAAUUGGAUGAUCGGAGAUGAAAAAAUUGAAAUAUCAGAGUCAUUACAGCCUUCUGAAGUAUUCAACCGGGAGCUGGAAGAGUACGAGUCAGUAGUAAAACAAUUCAGUCUCGAGGGGGCGAAUAACGAAGAUGCGAUACUACCAAUUAGUCAGAAUAAAGAACACUCCUUUGCGUGCGAGGAUGUAAACGUGAAUGAUGGAACCGUAGUGAGGAUAAUUCAAAAGGAAACUCCAAAGACGAAGUUCACGGUUAUUCCAGUAAGCGACAAACAAUUGGAGAGUGAACUCGUUGAAAAUAAUUUGGAUAUCAGUUGUCAAGAGCUGAUGGAUACUUUGCAAAAAGAAUUUGACGCCAAGACUCCCACGGAACACUUAGCCGUGGAAGCGUUCAAAGUCGAAUCAUCGACUGGCAGAGAAGUGGGACAUAACCUGGUGAAACUGAUGAAUGAAGAUUCCAUUACCCAAAAACAUACCUCGGAAAAAUCAGACAAGCAAACAAUUCCAGUGACAGACACAGGUGCGAAUAAAACAGAUUACUUUGAGACGAUGAAAUUUCAAUCACCGAUGCAACUGGCCGAAGAAAGAAAGAACGAAACAGUCAGGAUGAAAGGACAAAUCGAAGGUAGAGUCGAAUAUGAUACUGCCUUAGAGCUGUCUGGAACUGACAACAGGGGAGAGAAAAUUGUAGCGGAGGAUGCUUCGAGCAGUACCGAAAAAGGCAUGGAAUCAGUUGAAUGUAUUGUGUCCUCGGACAAUGAGAGAAUUCAACGAGCACUGGCCUUGCCUCAAGAUGAUAGCCUCACCACCGUAGGUGGCGGAACAUUCGACAGUCAACCAACCCCCGAUCACCGCACAACGGCUCAUCACGAUACCGGUGCCAUAACAAAAUCAAGAAAGGACGUAGAAGUGACGAAUAUUAAUCUGAGUUCAAGGUAUGCCAUCACCGUGUUAGAUCAAGUGGUGAAAAAAGAAAUUGCGGAAGUGAAGGAAUCCUUGGAAGCAGCGAAACAGGAUUUAAUUGAGGAGUUGAGCGAAAAUAGCAAAAUGGUUUUUCACAUAAAAGACUCGCCUUCGGAGUUUCAGUUCAAACUUGAGUCGGAAUCGAUACCGAAUGAAUUACAUUUCCUGUACAGGGCGCCGUCCGUAAACGAUCAGCCAAACAAACACGAUGUUACAGAAGACGCGGAGGCAGCUUCGCCAGUUGCAAGGCCACGAAGUACUGGUGCUGAUAUGAAAGUGGAGAUUGGCAAGAAACUCGAGUUAGUGAGCAGGGAGCUACGAAAAGACAAUGGUGCAAUCACAAAGGAGAUAGUUGAGCGUGAUUUUGAAUCAGAGUCCAAGAAACGGAUGGAGAUCCUGAAACGUGAGGCCGUUGUGAUUGCAAAAGUUGAGAAACCACCCACUACUGAUUCAAGUGGAAAUGAUAAUUGCUCAACUGUCAGCGUUCCGACCCUCGUCGCUACAACCGCACCCGUUACCGCCGCAGACCCCGGCCCCAUCCCCGUUCCAUUCCCCGUCUCCGUCACAGUUCCCGUCCCUGCCAGCAGAUCGAGUUCCGACGUGGAGACGAAAGAUGAUGGCUUCUUGAUGUGCCCCCCUCAGCCAGCACCAAGGAGAAGACAUAAACCGGUGAGAGCCCUGAAAAAGAUCAGAUCAGAUAGUGAAACCGACAUCGGUUCCAGUUCCGGCGAGAGUAACUAUCAUUCAUGUGACUAUGAAAUAGGAAGUGGCAGCAGGCCAAGUUCCUCGGACAUUGAGGCAAUGCAAUUGGGAAUACCAUCGGGAACCGCAUCUGAAUACGAGACAGCUUUGACGUCGGUUGAAACUUCAUCGACGUCAAAACCCACCUCACAAGAUUAUCAUACCGCAAUCAGCUCAUUGAGUUCGAGGGAAUCCAUAAAAUCUCUUUAUUCGGAGAGUUCCGGACAUUUGGCGAGUGUCGAAAGUUCCAGCGAGCUUUCGGAAACAUUAGUGCCUUCGGAAAGCGAUAUGGACCGAGACGAUUUCGACGAAAGCGUUGAUCAUGUUCUUGAGGACGAUUUAGUUUGCGUUGAUGCACCAAUCACGUUGAAGGCUUCUCACUCACCUAACAAUGAUUGUGUAUUACUAGCGUCGAGUGAGGUUGCCUGCAAUAUCGUUGAGGCGAACGUGUCCUCUGUGGCAACCUCCCGUAUGAAAAGAUCCUCUGAAAUGAUAUUUCAACACGAUGACGAGCCCUGCGAGAACAUCGGCUCAGUCGAGAUGGAUACUUGCGAACGUCAAGCUUCCAAUAGCGAAAAUGCAUUGCAAAUCAAAUCCAUCGACAACGCCACAUCCACGACAUUAAUUAUUGGGAAUGAAUUUGUUGGAGAUAGUCAAAUGCAAUCUGUCGACAUAACGACGUCUCGCGUAGAUGAAGAUGGCAUCCAAAGCGUCUGUACUCAGGUUACCUCCAAGGAUAAGAGGGUGUUAAGCGAUAACACAGUCAGCCCAUUGGGUGAGUCAGAGUCUGUUGUCAUCGAGAAUUGGAUGGGAACGAACGCCUGCAGUUCUAGUAGUAUCAUAGAGUCAAAGACAAUGGAUGUUAGAGUGGAGGAAGGAGCUACGGUAACUGAUGCCGAAAUCAAAUUCACGGGAUUCGAGCAGCGGCCGCACUUGUCAUUGAUACAACAGGCCAGUGUGUCCACAUCCACAGCAUCCGCAAUAUCAUUGGAAACGGUCAUCGACCGUUUUGAUAAAGAGAGACAAGAGCGACAUUCCCCCGACAGCGAUUCGUUCGAGUUAGUCGACAAGCCAGACAUUAUCGAUGACUUUGUCGUUAUAGAAGAAGUGGGCCGGGAAGCGGAGGAAUUCGACUCUGAGGGAAAGAGCAUCCACAUAAGUAGUAUCAAUAUAGUAUGCGCAAACGUCAAAACUUACGACAGGGAGGUAGAGAACUUGAUUACUAACACUAACCACGAAGAUCACUCACAGCCGACGAGCCAGCUGCAGGUUAGAAAUAACGAAUUGUUCGACUUUGAAUCAGAGGAUAGCCCGCCCCAGGUAUCAAACGAAGAACAUUUGUAUUCCCAGUCGUAUUCGGAUGACGAGCAUUACGAAGGCGGCAAGAAAUGGGUCGAGAUGCAGUUCCAGACAGAUGCCCGUGGUUAUGAGAUCGAAUACGAUCGUGGCCCGCUGGAGGACAUAAAAGAGGAGGAGAUAACCGACUUCGAGGCGAGCAGCAGUCGUUUCGGAAGCUUGGGAAGUCACAAGGAGUCAGUUGGAAGCAUUGGUAGUGCACGUGGGAGUCUGGGCAGCACGCCUGAGUAUGAUGUACUCGCGGGAAGAAAAUACUUUACCAAGCCGUCCGAGCAUGACAAUUUAUCACUUAGCUCUUUGCAAGAAUUUGAGAGCCUCGAGAAUGCCGUGGCGAUGGAAAGUUCGAAAAAAUUGCAUUGUGGCUCGCAGGAUUCAAUAAACAAUGGUAGUCUACCGAGGCGUUAUCUCACGAGUCGGUCAGGUCACGGGGAUGAUGUGUCGUUGUCCUCGUUGAAGGAUUUUGAAGGGUUGGAGACAGCCUGCCGCGAGGCCCACAUGAUUGAGUUGCGAGCUAGGGAGGAAGAGGAUCUUCUUGACCAUGAAAGUCCCGAAAAUCGAUACAAGCUAGAAAGUCUAGCAAGAACGAAGGCAGAUUCGAGUGCUCCGGCAUCUUUUAAUCCCAGCACGUCGGGUUCCGACGAUUACGAGAAGCGUAUCAGAGAGAUCGACGAGAUUAUUCGCAUUGCUCAAUCGAACGUGGAGAAAUUUGACCGUCAAGAUGACACGGCAGAAGAUAUUUCACAGAUUGAUAUCACCGAGACAGACUCUAGGGGCCCCGGUGGUAACUUAGGCCCAGGGCAAAGCAAGGCAAUCGAAGUAGCCGCCAAUUGUUGUGCGACAGCGCUACAUGAAGGCCAGUCCCGUGUGGUGCAGGUACAAUUGAAAGAUCAGGACAUUAUGGAAACUAGUACGGACUCGUUGGAAUUUGAUGAUCACGCUGUUGACAAGAGACGCGACCCCCUUUGCAGGAGCUCGGAUUCGUUGGAAAUGAAAACGAACUUGGACUUACCGUCCCUGAGCUCGGAUUCCCUCAACAACACCCGUGACCCGCGAGAACUGCCGCCGGGCUGCACCUUUGAUCAAUUUGAUAAUUCCUGCAGGCGAAUAUCCUCCGACUCAUUGGAAAUACCUUCCUCGGAACAUCAGGAGGAUAAUAUUGUGCAGGAUAAGAGUCGCGAAGCAAGCUGCGGUAACCGAAAUUAUUCUGAAAGAAGUGAUACUGACAAUUCGUCUGUCAGGCGCGUUUCAUCGACCGAAGCGGGAAGCCUAGCGAAUACGAGCUUGAAAUGUAAUCUGCCCAACAACGGGACAUAAAAUAUGAUGUCGGCUGUAUAAAUAUUGAUAGGUACGUAAGCUGAUUUAAAUUUUGCUUAACCAUAACGGUCACAAAUGAAGUUGACAAAGCGUAGUAAGAGAUAAAAUUUGUAGCUUCUCAACGUCCCUUGUUCCCCAUGCACUCAUCGAGUAAUAAAAAUCCUGGAAUCGAAAGGUCCGGUAUGAAAACAAUCUUGAUAAAUUGUAAUUACAAAUGGAAACUACCAGCAUGCAUACUGAGAGUGAUUUUUUCCUUUCGGAAUAGUUUUCUGUGCAUGCCUUCAAGUUAUUCAAAAUGGUGUACAAGGUAAGUUGUCCUGUAUGUCAGGAAUGGAAAGAGAUUAUCUAAGGCGAACUUCGCCCCUUCAGCCAAUCAACGAAGUUAUGGAAUCAUUCCAAACAAAUACCAUUCUGACGCAAUUAUCGUAUAACCGUAAAUACGUAUACAAUGCUAUGAAUUGUCUCAUUCUAUGCGUGACUUUGCGAUCGAUUUCGCGUCAGGUACGCUUCUCCCAUUCUCGACACACAAGGCAACUCUACCUGUAGGUUUAGGUACAUACCCACAUAUCGUAAUUUUAUAUUAUAGAAAGUUCAUACUCAAUCAGACCUACAUUAGGUAUGAUUUCACGUGUAGGAACGUCGUCUGAAAACCUGAUGAUGUAUAUGAUUUUUCACCGUGGAGUAAUUAUUUUCAGCAGGAUCUUUACGUAUGGGUACCACUUACAACAACUAUGUGUAACGUUUAUUAUUCCGAGAGUCUCGCAUGAAAGAGGAAACUUCAAACUCCGCGUCACCGCCAGCGCCGUAACACUCGCACAAGUUGACGUCACAGCAUUUGCUCGCUAAGCUCGGCUAUGGUAAAAGUUGGGCGUGUGUUGGCACUGAUGGUGAUGUGCGGCUCGGGGUUGCGUGAGACUCUCGGCGAUCGCGAUUAUACCUAAUAUGUCAAAUAAUCGAUGGCAGCUUAUCGGUGUGCACCGUUCUAUAAUAUAAGAAAACUAUUUUCACAUUCAGUGUUUCAACAACUCGGUUAAAACUUUCGCUAAUCAAAGUAAUAAAUCCGGUUGACAAGCAAAUAUCUGCACUAACGUUUUCAGUGUGCUUUGCUUGUGGGUGACCCAUUCGUUAAAUAAUCUUCCCAGAGUGUAUACCCGUGUAUCGCGAGUACUCCCAAUCAGUAUAGAGAACAUCUUUUCUCAUGCAGUCGGCGAAAAUGCCUAUUAUCACGCUGCCAUUUGUGGACAUAAAAUGCCAGUUUCAUGCCUUCGGGGGCAUAAAAUAAAAGUUUUCGAAAAUCAUCGUUUCUAACUGAAACACGCAGUUUUGGCGUAAUACUAUGCAAAACCACGCUUCGUACAGUGUAUGCUGUCACUUUCGCGUAAGCGAAAGAUUAAAAUUGUGUGUUUCUCGUGUUUGCCGGCCGGCCUUGGCGAAUCAAGACCCUCAGUCCAAAUGGAGUAUCAACGCGCGAGUGAGCGCUGCUCCUAACAUCAUCGAAAAAACACCGUAGCGGUCGCGCCCUCCUGCAUCUCCACCCUCGUGCCCCUGAACCCCGCUCCUGCCCAAUUCCUUCCGUCAGUAUGAUUUCUGCGUUACUUGGUUUUAUGAAAUUGUAUUUAGUAUUUAAAAAAUUAAAAUCCAUGCAAUUUCGUGAGGCAUUUUUCACCCACUGUAUCAAAAACUAAUGUUUGCAACUUGGGCGUUGGAUUAACGCCCUUGCUAUGAAAAGUACUAUUAAAACAAGCCACUCACGUCGACUCAUAAAAAAAGAUUCCGAAGUUGCAGAUGUGUAGGUAUGACAAGAUACGAUGGAUUAUUAUAAUUUCAUUUUCGUCUGUAGAAAACAAUUGGAAGAUACAAGUCCUGAAUUUCUAUCCAAUGAUCAGUCUGUAUUCAAGAAGGAAAUAGUACAAAGAAAAAUAUCAUGUUGCCUGGAGGCGCCUAUUUCAUGCGAUUUUUCUUAUCUAUGAUGCAGCUUAAGAAAGGCUGAUAAAGUUUUGUCAAAAUGCAGUAUCGUUACAGCUCUAUUCUUCAACCUUUUGAAGUACACUGACCAGUGACCGUGAAGAUACCCGAUAUUUACCUCAGAGAAUUUCGUCAUUCUGUAACUUGUUGUAGUGCAUCAUUAGGCAUGUAGAGAUGUAAUGUUUUACAUGCUAAUUCGGCCGUUUUAGGGUAUAAAUCAUGCCUGAGGUUGAGCUCUCAAAAAUCAGUAUCUUAGGAUUCAUCGGUAAUGAGGUAAAAGUUUUAGAUAAAACCGAGUAGACAUUAUUUACUAUUAAAAGACGAAAAUAUACGUAGAAUUUUUAUCCUCAGUAGGUGUACCGCUUAUUUUCUCUUGAGUCCACUUUAGGAAAGAUUUUUACCACUUGAACAGCCAGAUUGGUACGUGAAAAAAGUAUCCAAAGUUUCUGAUUUACUGCAACGUAUCACAAAUGGAAGGGGAUCGGCGUGAUAAACCUCAGAUACUUUUCUUGUGAGAAAAAAAAAUUCUUGGUUCCACGAAAGAUUAUCUUUGUGGAUGGAAAAAACAUAUUUUGUUACUGUGAAUAGUUUCUCGUCGAAGCGAAGAAGGAUCUGAUGGGAUAAAAUGCAGAGCAUAAGUUUUUUUUUAAACCAACAAAAGACGUAGCGACCGCUAGUGAAAUUCGAUUAAAACUGCAAAACAGUUUUUCCACCAUCCACAAAUAAAUUUAUUCGUUUGGUUCGGACCAUUCUUUUUCUCAUCAAACCAGGUAGAAGAAUGAAUCUUGGAAAUGUCACCAGCUGUCAUUAGAAGAUGUAUGCAAAUUAGUAUUGACUGUUUCCGAAAUUAUAAACCAAGAUGUGCAAAUCACAGCAAUAGUCCAAGAAUUUGGGAAACGGUAUUUUGUCAUUUUAAAUGACUGAAUAAUAUCGCAAAAAUUGUACUGUAUAGUAUGUGUAAUUAUAUAUGUAGACACAUAUUUAGGAAUUUUUCAACGCAUACUUAAAUGACAACACUCGCGUGUACAAAUUGAGGACACAUUGUACGUAAUAUGUAUUCAUUAUACCUAUGUUGCGAUAUUUUUAUGAUCUAAUUAUCAUCAAGAAGCUUUACAAAUACUUUCCUUUCAGGUAACGGACUAAAUGAAAACGUAUUGCUCAGGAUUCAUCGUUGCCAUGCAAACUAACAAUAAGCGAAGAGUUGAGCAGAGAUCAUAUUUUACAAGCAGACAUGAAAAUCUCUAUAUUUGAUCGUUUUUGCUUUUAGUUCACCCCAGCAUAUAUGGUCAAACAAUAAACGUCAAAGAUAAUUUAUAUAUGCAUAGUUAUGCUUGUGUCCUUUAUCAUACUUUCAAGUAAACAUACAUAAACUCAGGUAUAUGCAUACGCGCGCGCGCGCACACACGCUUGCACGCACGCACGCACGCACGCACGCACGCACACGCGCACACACACACACACACACGCGCGCGCGCACACAUACACUCGCACGAGAGCGCGAGUCGGAAAACAGAAUAUUAUUUUUUAACAAGCGUCUGCUUAUGUGUUUUGAUAUCACAUCUAUUCAAUCUAUGAUAUUGCGCUAGAAUAUUUUGUACUAUUACUAUAAUUCCAAUUUCUUUAUCAUCACUCAUGCGUAUUUAUUUGACGUGAUAUAUAUACAUACAUAUAUAGGGUAAACCAGGAUUUGAUGGACCCCUCAAAAAAUUUAGACAAGCAAAAAAGAAAGAAAUUUUUUAUUAUCAAUACUGAGAUAUUAUUAAAGGUUUCUUUAAUAUGUGUUGAAUAAAAGAAUGCAAUAUUCUUUUAGGACAAAAACAUGUUGGAAAAUUUUUUUCCUAAAUGAUAUUUUACACGAAGGCCGUUUGCUUCGGAGUAUACAUUUUUUUUAUCAUACAUAUUGCUAGAUAAUCAAUGAUUUAAUCAAUAGAGGUGAAAUUAAAGGAUGCAGAAUUAUAUGAAAACAAAUCAUGUAAAACAAAAAAAAAAGUAAAAAGUAAGUAAGUAAAAAUGCAUCAUGUCCCGUAAAUUUUUUUUUUGUUGCAAUUAUGGUAAAACAAUGAUGAAACUGCUCAAGACAGACCAAAAUAACUUGUACCCUCUGCUCAAAAGCCAAAAAAAAUAACUAGCGGCUUCACGGGUCCGUCGUACUUCGGUCUCCCCUAUGCAUAUAUGUAUGUGUGUGUGUGUGU